CACUUACAGUACACACAUUGGACUCAGGAGGAGGUUUGUUUACUACAGCAGCAGCAGAAAAGAUGAAAUUGAUUCAUGACUCCACCUCUUGUCUCCUCCACCUGCUGCUAUUGGCUGAGCUGUUUGUCCAUUCAUCAUCUCGUCCCACCCACAGUUCUCCACUCUGUGGCAUGUUCAGGUCAAUGAUCCAUCAGGUGGACAAGCUGACGAGUUUACCGAAAAAACUCCACGACUUGACAGAUGAUGAUGAUCUCUUUGAGGGUGUGGAAAACAGAUUGGACAGUCUUCCUAAAAUGCAGCACACUGCGGCCCAUUUUAACUCACUGAAGGUGAAUGAGUCACUCUCCCAGCUGUUCGAGUUCAGUCAGUCCUUCAGGCUGCAUGUUGAAUGGUUGAAAACAGCCAAAGAAAACUUCAGUUUGUCCUCCCAGUCAGCAGAGGACGCCAGCUCUCACCUCCUGCAGCUGUCCAACCUUGUUAAUGCAUCUCUGUCACAGAUGGAAGAAGAGGUUCCUCAGUCUCCAUCCCCCUCCCUCCCUGUCGCCUCCACGGCCUUCGAUGUGCUCCAGUACUCUGUAGAGAUCUCCAAACGCUUACAAGUGUUUUGUGACUGGUCAAAGAGAAUUUUGUUGCUUCUCCAGAGACUGUCUCACUGCCCUAGACAUUAAGCCUCCAUCUUCAGCACCCAAGCGACUGCAAACGACUUCCCACAAAACCACUGUAAAUGUUAUGGUUUCUACCCAGAGAGGAAUGAUAGACAAGGCAACAUAAGUUAGAUGCUCCACCACUUUGGUUCAGACUGAAAUAUCUCAACAGCUUUUGAAUGUAUUACCAUCAAGUUUGGUGCAGAUAUUCAUGGAGCCCAGUGGAUACAUUUGCAUGACUUUAGUGAUCCCUUGACUUUUCUUGUAGCACCUCCCACAAGUCAAAGUUUUCACAUUUCUGGUGAAAUAUUUCAACAAAUGACAGGCUGAUUGCUGUGAAACUUGGUAAAGACAUUCAUGUUGCCUUCAGGAUGACUUGUAAAAACUUUGGUGAUCCUCUGGUUUUUUAUCUGGCACCACCACCAGGUCAAAAUUUAAAUGAGUUUCGUACUGUUUUGUGCUACUUUAGCAUGGUAACAUGCCAUACUAGAAUGGUAAACAUGGUAAACAUCUGCUUAGCCUCAGUAUGUUAGCAUUGUCAUUGUGGCCGAGCUGAUGUUAGCAUCAAACAAAUAAAAUUAAUAGGAAUUUCAGAAGUCAGUUAAAACGAGAUGUUGAGUUCUAGAUGAAUCUAUUCAGCUGUAAAACAGAAUGUAAGUCUAUCGCACGUUCUUCUAUGUCACAUUUUACACGUAGCCUUUAAAAAUGUGCCGUACUGAUGCACUGUGCAGAGGCACUGCCUCCUGUGACCUUUACUCCCUUUGAGACUGUUUACAUCCACAGUGCCUGCUAAGUGUCGAUCUACUCAAUGAGCUAAAUGACAAGAAAAUGUUGUGGAACAAUUAAUAUUUUUCUACUGUUGUUUUGUUUUUGUUUGUUUUUUAACCUAUUUAGGAUGCUAUUUAUGAGCUUUUUAUAAUAUAGUGUGAGAUGCAGGCAUCUCAAAUUUUUUUUCUAUGGGUUAUCUAUUAUGUAAUAUUUAAUAAUAAUAAUAAUAAU